ACAGUUCAAGCCCUCUCCACUGUACCUGUGAUGUUCAGUUACUGGGCCAAGCCUCAUGACACACUGGAUCUCUCUGUCCUUUUAAAUGACAAUUUGGCUGAGACAGUGCGUAGCAACCCCAAGAGGUUUGUGGGCCUGGGCACUCUGCCCAUGCAAGCUCCUGACUUAGCCGUGCUGGAGAUGAGGCGCUGCGUGAAGGAACUGGGCUUCCCUGGGGUGCAGAUUGGCUCACAUAUCAAGAACUGGGACCUCAACGCCACUGAACUCUAUCCUUUCUAUGCUGCAGCUGAGGAGCUGGGCUGCUCCAUAUUUGUCCACCCAUGGGACAUGCAGACAGAUGGGAGGAUGGCUAAGUAUUGGCUGCCAUGGCUGGUGGGCAUGCCGUCAGAGACAACCAUGGCUAUUUGCUCGAUGAUAUUUGGAGGUGUCUUCGAGAGAUUUCCUAAACUGAAAGUCUGCUUUGCACAUGGAGGUGGCUCUUUUCCAUUCACCGUUGGCAGAAUUGAACAUGGCCACAAAGUCCGCCCUGACCUGUGUGCAGUGGACAACGAAAUCAGUCCAAAGAAAUACCUCGGCUCUUUCUACACCGACUCCCUAGUUCACGAUCCCAUCGCCCUGAAGCUACUCAUUGAUGUCAUUGGAAAAGAUAAAGUGAUGCUGGGAACAGAUUAUCCAUUCCCGCUGGGUGAGCUGCAGCCUGGAUCACUGAUUGAGUCAAUGGAUGAAUUUGAUGACACGCUAAAGGAUAAAUUGCUUGCUGGAAAUGCACUGGAGUUUUUGGGCCUGAAACGAGAGCAAUUUGAGUAACAUGAAAAGCUGAGAUGCAACUGCUACACCCAGUGAUUCAAUGCAACGGCUUUAUUCACAUAUUAUUAAAUUAAAUUAAAUAUAUUUAGAUUUGUGUAUAGUAGAUACAACCAAUGUUAUUGUUAUUUGAUAUAAUAAAGUAAUUAAGUAUUUUA